UUUUUUUUUCCUUAUUGUUAUUCUAUAUAAAGGAAAAAAAAUCGAGCCUUGUUGUUUCAAUUGACAACAUUUUGUUUUGUUACUAUUUAAACCUUUUCAACCUUUCUUUUUUCGUUUCUUUUCUUUUCUUUUUUUUUUUUUUCUAAUUUAUUAUCAUGGCACCACCAGAGAUUGUAGAGCAGACAUCCACUUUAUUAGGCAAUGAUUUGGAACAAACAAGUCUUCACUUACGUCGAUAUUCACAGUCUCAAGUUAUAACUAAUAGUGCAACGACUAAAGAUACAUUAACAACCCCAUAUAACAGAGGCCGAUCAUUUUCGACAUCAGUUGUUCAGGGCUCCUCUUUAGCAGCCCAGAUCUUGGCUACUGUGAAAAUGGAGAAAUAGCAAGGGCUUUGAUGCUUGGAGCUAAACGUCUAUUGCUCCUUGAAGAAUUACCUAAAGAUCGACGAGAGAAUCAAUUUGUUUUAUCUGGCUAUCGCUUCUAUCAUACAUCAAAGGAUUGUUUGUUAUCCUUAUUCAAGUUACAUAAUGAAACGAUGAACAUUUGGAGUCAUCUUUUAGGCUUCUUUUUCUUUUUAUAUCUUUCUGUUCAUAUUUUUACAAGAAAAUUCCCUGAAGCUUCAAAUUUGGAUUUACUCAUGUUUAUAGCCUUUUGUUUCUCAUCCUUACUAUGCCUUUUAUGUUCUUCUGUCUAUCAUACAUUCAUUUGCCAUUCUGCACAUCACAUUAAAAGCUUCACAGCCACUUUGGAUUAUAUUGGUAUCACCUUUUUAAUUACAGCCUCUAUCUCUAUGGUGGUCCAUUUUGGAUUUUACUGUGAACCAAUACCACGCGCUCGAUAUAUCAUCUUCAGUUGUCUCAUUGGUAGUAUCGGCGUUAUCUUGCCCUUUUUCAGAUUCUUUGAUACAAAGCGUUAUAGGCCUCUUCGUAUUGGUCUUUUUGUUGCCAUGGCAUUCUCAAGUAUCGUACCCCUCUUGCAUCUCUCAACUCUCAAGGGUUUGCUGGUUACAUUGUCCUUUUUGAAACCUGUCUUAAUUGGCUGUAUCAUGUAUACCUGUGGUGUCAUUGUUUAUGGAAAACGUUUCCCUGAAAAAUUCUUUCCAGGAAAAUUCGAUGCAACUGGUAUGACAAGUCAUGCCAUUUGGCAUAUCUUUGUUUGUUUGGGUAUUUUUUUUCAUUAUCUUGGAUCAUUUCAGUUUUAUAACAAGCGGGAAUCUUAUGGUUGCAUGCUUUCCUAAUACCCAGUUUCGUUUGACCUAUAUAUACAUAACUUAUUUAAUUAUUAUAUGAAAAAAAAAAUAUAUGUAUGAGCAGGCUCAUAGCUAAAAUAAACACUCAUUACAAUGAAUGACGAUUAU